GCAUGACCCGCGGGCUCGCCACGGAUGCCAAGGCCUUGGCCGCCUCCAUCGCGGAUGACAGCAUCAUCACCACCCUUGGCCUACGCCCUGCCUUGGCACUUGUCGGGUCCUGGUUCAUGCAGCACAUGACCUUCCUGAUGCAGCCCUUCGUGGCGCUGGCAUCUGAGUGGAACAUCACGGGCCUGCACUUUACAAUGGAUCUCAUGGAGGGCGACUUCACGUCAAUCUCCGACAUCCCAGCCUGGGCCGGCGUGCGGCCGUCGGAAAUCCCAGCUCGAGUGCGCUUCAUCGGACCUCUCUACGCCAAGCUGAAGAAGGAGGUGCCACCUGAAGUCUUCGCGCUGCGAGAGCAGGCAACCCGCGAUGGGCAGCCCCUCCUUUGGUUCGCCAUGGGCUCCUCAGGGCAGCCGCCUCUGGUCCUAGCCAUUUUGAAGGAAUUGGUGCGCAAGCACCCGAGCUGGUACAUUGUGGCCCCUGUGCACACGCUCUUGAAGAAGGCGGGCGUGGACACCACGAAGGCAGAGGACCUAGCCUCUGCUGGCCUCGCAUCCGAGCGCCUCUUCCUUCCUACGGAGCUCCUGGCGGCGCAGAAGGUUGAGCCCCUUUGCGACGUGGCCUUUACUCACGGCGGGCAGGGCACGGUGCAGACGAGCAUGUGCUCUGGCGUGCCCUUUCUGGGUGUCGGCAUGAUGCCGGAGCAGGACAUCAAUGUGCGCCUUGCCGUUGACAAGGGCGUGGCAAAGCAGGCCUCGAAGUUCCAGACGCCCGCGGAGAUCGUCCGGCUCCUCCAGGAAGUCGCAAGCUCCGAGGCGAUGCGCGAGCGAGCCGCCGCUGUGAAGGAGGAGUGCCGGAAGUUCUCUGGCGA